CCGCCGACCACUCGACGGAUUAGAUAAAUGAUAAAUCUCUUCUCUGCUGUUCCUUCUUCUUCUUCUUCUUCUUUAGCGUACUUUUCCGAGUUAACUCAGUUUCCUCUCUGGUUUCACUCAUUGUCGGAUCCCCAUAAAAAUAAAAAAAAAGCCUUACCUUUUCGUCUAAGUGAGACAAUCGACUUACGAAUCAAUGGCGACUGAAAACCCUAUUACUACGGAGACUGUUGCCCUCACUGAGAAGAAAAUGGACAUGUCUUUAGAUGAAAUUAUUAAGAUGGAAAAGAGCAAUACCAAUGUGAAUAAGGGCAAGAAACAGAGAUCGUCGAAUAAAAAGGAGAAAUUUAAUGGUCCUGCGAAAAAUAAUACGGUUAAAGCACAGCGUUAUAUGGACUCACGGUCUGAUGUUAGACAGGGUGCGUUUGCUAAGAGAAGGUCUAAUUUCCAAGGAAACCAGUUUCCUGUAACAACAGCUGUUGCUCGUAAAGCCGCUUCUGCUAAUCCGCGUGGUAGGCCUUAUAAUACUGGAAGGAUGACGACUAAUACGAAUCAAUCAAGGUUUAUUACUCCACCAGUUCAGAAUAGAUCUGUACAGAGAGGGUUCGUCGCAAAGCAACAUCAGCAGCAGCAAAGGGUAAACAUAGAGCAGAAGCAAGCUAAUGGACAAAGGCAAUGGCCUCAGACGCUGGACUCUCGGUUUGCAAGCAUGAAAGAAGAGAGAAUGAGAAUGAGUAGGUUUGUAGACAAUAGAAGCAAUGGAGGCAACAAUGGCGCUAGAUUGUAUCAGCAGCAGCAGCAGCGUUCGACGGUCCCGUGGGGGAGAAGAGCUACAAGAUUCCCCAACUGAUUUAUAUGAUCAUCAGAACAAUGGCGUUUCUUGGGUAGGGUGGUGAAUACAUUUGCUACUUAAUGCAGUUUGGUUUGGUUUCAAUCUAUUUAAGUGUAGAACAUUCAUUUGUGAAUCUCUUUCUUGAAACUAGCAAAAAAAUCAAAACGUCUUGGCUGUGUGCUUUGUGUGUUCUUGACUUCUUGCUUGGUCAGGGAGAGAUAAAUUGACCAUAAUACCCUUUCAUCUCUUGAUUAAAUAAAUAUCAAUCAAUACUU